CGUGCUUCUGACACGAUGGCCACCAGCAGCAUGACGGUCCUUGCCCUCGGUCUCGGACUCUUGAUGGCAGCCGUGAUCUCCCCCGCGCAUGCCGCUUGGAACGUCUACCAUUACAAUGAUGACGCUGCCUUCCUGGAGAGCGCCUCUGUCGCUUUCAGCGAGCGCGCCGAUGUUGGCAUCUUGGUGCGCGUGGAUGCGACCAAGCACCUGGUGGAAGCCGCUCAUCUGAACCAUUCCACGUUGAGCCAAUCGGACAUCAGCGUUGCAUUCCAGACCAUCAACAACCGCUCCCUGAACCCCAUUGUUUCCAUCUACACCACCAUCAACCGCAUCGGCUCGUCCGGCUUUAUCGUUUACACGACCUCGGCCAGCGUGAUGGGUCAUGUCACCUGCUCCAUCUUCUCCUCCCUUUACUCAUUCGGUCAAUUCGAGGACACCGUGUACUCUUUGGGCAGCUUCAAGGGCCGAACCCAGAACGACUGCCACCUGAAGGAUCUGUACAUGGAUGUGGACGACUAUGGCAACAUGGGCUUUAUGUCCUAUCUGCUGCCCAAGUUCGACAACUUGACGAGCAACUCGACAAUUGCCUACAACGCCGUGUUCCGCACCUUUAACACCAAUAUCAGUCCCCCUUGGGGCCAGUCCGAGCUCAUUUGCUGCGAGGGUGACUUUUACAUCACCGACGAAAAGAAGCAAAUUUCCGUUGAUAGCCGCUCAGAUGGCACUGCAGCCGUCAUCAGCCUGCUCAAGACAGAUGGCACCUCCAAAAUCCUCGAGCUCAAGCGCUGGAACCCCAUGGAGGGCUUUUACCACCACAUUGAGCACGCCCUCAAUCCCCAGUCUAGCUUCAACACUGCCGUUGCCAUGUCAGCCGAAGGAACCUAUGAAGUCGGCCUCCUUAACAUUCGUGGCACCUCCCUCGAAAUCUUCCGUGUCGUCCAUGAGAAGUUUGAACUCUACAACAAGUCCAUUUACACUCCCAGCUCCAACACCACGGUUUUGGAUGAAGUGUCGCUGACCGUGACGGAGGAUAACACGAUCCCAAUUUUGAUUGAGACGUUGUCCCCGACCGAGAACCUCACGCUGUGCAACGUCAGCUUCUCAGACCCUGUUUGCCAGAAGGAGCACGAAAAGUGGAUUUACCAGGACGAUGCUGGCAACGACAACGACGAGGCCAUGACGGCCGGCAUCUCUUUCUACGGCUUUGUCGCCAGUGUGGGUGUCGCGUCUGACGCUGCCUCGGGCGACCUGGGUGGCAUCACGGUGGCCGCUGCCUUUGAGGGUUAUGAGUUGGACCAGAGCAUGUACUCCUUUGGCCCGCGGGCCGUCUGCCAGGCCGACGUCAUGGCUCAAACGCUUUCGGCCAACGCCUCAGUCUUUGCUCACUGGCAGAUCCAGCUGUGCGCAGGUAACUGCGACUCCUGCGACAAGAACUCGUCGUUUGCCACGGGCUUUGCUUUGUGGCGUCCGGAAGGCAAGUUUUCCUGCUCGGCCCAGAGCGAGUGCGUUGAGAUCAAGGGCUCGGCCGUUGGUUUCCCCACUCUGGAUUUGUGCCAAGACGUGUGCAAGCCUGUGUCCACCCCGGGCUACACCUGCAGUGCGGCCGGCAAGUGCAGCGUGUCCAACACCAGCAGCGUUUUCCCCGACCUGAACACUUGCAUGUCCAUCUGCGCCCCUGCCGGCUCCAAGGGCGGCAAGAAGGGCCUUUCGGGCGGCGACAUUAUGCUGCUGCUGUGCGUCAUCCUUCACCGUGGCUUGUUUCACCCACAACCCGUAACUGCUGUUUUAUGCUUUGCUCAUACCAAGGGGGGGGGAUCUCUUUCGUGCCCUAGGUUCUUCUGCGCCUUCCUGAUUCCCUACUUGGCCAUUGGCAGCAUCUACAACUACAGCGUGAAGGGUGCUCGUGGCAUGGAGAUUCUGCCCAACUACCACUUCUGGGUUGAUUCCUUCCCGGGACUUGUCGGCGAUGGCUUCCGCUUCUGCAUGUGCCGCCCAGUCAUGGGUGGUGGCAACUACGAGGCCAUCUAA